AUGGUUUCUCUCACGUACUUCGGCCUCCGUCACACGCCGUGGACCGUCCUGGUGCUGAUUUUCUUCAUCGAAAGCGUGAUGGGGAACUAUGCCAAGUCAUUCUACAUACAUUGGAAUACCACAAACAGCAUAUUUAGAAUAGACAACACGGAUCAUGUUUUCGACUUGAAUAAAGGGAACGCGCAGUUCGAGUACGACCAAGUGAAUAUAAUAUGUCCAGUGUAUACACCAGGGACUUUUGAAGAGGACACUGAAAAAUAUAUAAUUUAUAAUGUGAGCAAAGAAGAGUACGAUACGUGUAGGAUAACAAAUCCGAAUCCCCGGAUUAUAGCUAUAUGCGAUAAACCGCACAAAUUGAUGUUUUUCACAAUCACCUUCCGGCCGUUUACCCCGCAGCCGGGCGGGCUAGAGUUCCUGCCCGGGAAGGACUACUACUUUAUAUCGACCUCUAGUAAAGACGACCUGCACAGACGCAUUGGGGGUCGAUGUCUGAGCCAUAAUAUGAAGCUGGUGUUCCGGGUGUGCUGCAAGCCGGAGGAGCAGUCUCCUCCGCCGCAGCCCCAGCCCACCCUGCCACCACCCCCGCCGCCACCAACCACCCCAUCCACCACCACGACCACGACAACAAUGAAGCCGGUCACUAAAAAGACGCACAAGUAUGACAAGACGCCGAAUGAAGUUAUCAAGAGUGAGGAGUUGUCUCACUCGCGCGGGGCUGCUUUGGCUUCGUCGCUCGCUCUCGCCCUGGCCGCGAGCGCGGUUUUAGCGCCCCUGGCUCGGUGAAUGUGCGCCCGGGCGGCUCGACCACCGCGACCCGACCUCGUCGACAAGCCAGGCCCAGCACAGACUCUACAUACGCUGCAUUUGCGCCCAGACACUCUGAUUUACACGUGAAUAUGUGCGUAAAAAACAGUGUUAGAAGUAAAACUAAAGUGAACAUUGUGAUGUGCCCCAAGGAUUGUGGAUCUAACUCGAGUAGUAAGUAAUCGAAUGGUGAUGAAGGGAUGUGCAAAACUCAAGUUCCGAUCAAGUUCCAAACGACAAAACUUUAGCCUGUAAGGGACACGAAAGCCUAAUUUUUAUCUAAUUAAUAUGGGCCUACUGAGUAAUCAAACUAAUUUGUGAAGUUAAUUUUCAUUAGACGUCAAACCGUAGACUAUCAGUUA